UUUAUUGACAAUAUCAGUAAUGAUCAAGCAUUCCUAGGGGCAUUUUCGCUAUACGACGUCGAUAAGGACGGUUAUAUAACAAAAGAAGAAAUGGCGAAUAUAGUGGAUGCAAUUUAUUCGAUGAUCGGUAAUAUGAUAGAAUUACCAAAGGAUGAGGACACUCCUGAAAAAAGGGUCGCGAAAAUAUUUUCAAAUAUGGAUCUCAAUCUUGAUGGACGAUUAACGCUCGAUGAGUUCAAAGCAGGAUCAAAGAAUGAUCCGUGGAUCGUACAAGCGCUCACAAUGGACAUGAGCUCUUCGUAG